UCUUUUUUUUCUUUUAAAACUUUUUUUUCUCUAUUUAAAAAAAUCUAUUAUGGUCAAGUGUACACAUAAGGGUUGUGGAAAAGAAUUCAAUGAGCAAGAAAACACAGAUAAUGCCUGUCAAUACCAUGCUGGUGCUCCUGUUUUCCACGAAGGUUUAAAGGGCUGGUCUUGUUGUAAAAAGAGAGUUUCCGAUUUUGAUGAGUUCCUUUCUCUUCCUGGUUGUACUUUUGGUCGUCACUCUACAGAACCUGUUGAACAACCUGCUAAUGCUGCUACUGACAAGGAAGCACCCAAGCAACAAGCUCAGGCUGCUCAUGUCACUGAGGAUGGUGUAGAAGUAUACGGUAAGAAGUCCGAAGCAACAGCAGCUCCUGUUGCAGUGGAACCCAAGAAGGAAGCAGAGGAAAAAGUAGUGGAAGUUGAAGAAGAGGAUGAUGAGUCUGUUCCUGUGCCUGAAGGUACAACAUGUAAGAGACGCGGCUGUGGACGUGUUUGGAAAGACAAUGCUACUUCUCGCGGACCUGGUGCUGAAGCAGUUUGUCGCUACCAUCCAGGCGCUCCUAUUUUCCAUGAAGGAUCAAAGGGUUGGAGUUGUUGUCCACGCAAAGUGUUGGAUUUCGAUGAAUUCCUUAAAAUUCCUGGUUGUAAAGAAGGAAAACACUUGUUUAUUGGCUCUAAUAGCCAGACUGAAGAACUAAUUGAUUGUCGUACUGACUGGUACCAAACACAAUCCAAUGUCAUUUUAAGCAUUUUCGCAAAGAAUAAGGAAGAUACCAAGGUUGAUUUUACUGAACAAUCUAUUGAAGUUGAUGUUAAAAUGAAGGGUAACAAGCGCUACAAAAAGACUUUCCCUCUUUUUGCCACAAUUGAUGCCUCCACUUCUAAAUUUACAGUGCUUUCAACAAAGCUUGAAAUUAAUUUAAAAAAGACAAGCGGCAUUUCUUGGGCAUCUUUAGAGCCUAAUGACGAUGUCAAGACCUGGACUACUUUUGGUGUUACUGGAGGAGGAGGAACUGUUGGUGGUACUGAAAUGUUUUAUAAUGCUGAUUCUCCUUUGCAUCACAUUAACAAGAAAUAAAUCAUACUGUAGAAUCCAUUUUUGUUUAACUUUUUUUAUAGUAAUAGAUGAGUUUUCCUCCAACAAUAGCAACAAUACAUAUAUAUAUAUAUAUA